AUUUUUUUUGUUUGGAAAAAAAUUGCGCGUCACUGUUCUUCUUCUUCUAUCUAAGCGGAAACCAAUUGUUACAGUUCACAAGUAAUCUCCCCCUCAAGCUUUCUCUCUCUACCAAUUAAAGCAUAUCUCUUUCCUCUCUCUCUCUCUCUCUCCGUAAGACCCGCUCUGUGUCUAAUUUUCUUCGUCGUCUUCCCCCUUCUCGCUAGGGUUUUGAUUCCUUCAACACAGACCCACAUCAUCUGCGUUUCUUCUUCUUCUACCUCUCUCUCUAUACGAUGACCUCGACUUCCGCGAAGAACAACGGCUUGUCAGCCGCGCUUGUCUCGAAUCUCCAGGAUGUGCUUUCGAAGAGAAGAGGCGGGAGCAGCGAGGAAGGAGUUGGGAGCGUUGGAUCGGCGUCGGAGGCUCCGUCUACUUCUGAUUCCGUCGAUGUUGCGGCGGCGGAUGAGGGGAUCGACGACUCCAAACCCAUCGUUUUAGUCACGAAUGGCGAUGGGAUUGAUUCGCCAGGGCUCGUCUCUCUCGUGGAGGCUUUGAUUCACCAAGGGCUCUACAAUGUUCAUGUUUGUGCUCCUCAAACGGAUAAAUCGGCUUCUGCUCAUUCUAUGACUCCUCGAGAAACCAUUGCUGCAACUUCCGUUGGUAUCAAAGGUGCUACAGCGGCUUUCGAAGUUUCAGGGACUCCUGUGGACUGCAUCUCAUUAGGAUUAUCUGGUGCGCUCUUUGCUUGGUCAAAACCAAUACUGGUAAUUAGUGGAAUCAACCAGGGAUCAAGCUGUGGGCAUCAAAUUUCUGAUUUGAGAGUCCUCCAGGUUCUAUUCAGGUGGAGUUGCUGGAGCCAGGGAGGCUUUGAUUUCUGGAGUACCCUCGUUGUCAAUAUCUUUGAACUGGUGAGUGUAUCGAAGAAAGAUGAAAGCCAAGAAAGUGACUUUAAGGAUGCUGUUGGUGUCUGCUUACCUUUGAUAAACGCAGCUAUCAGAGACAUUGAGAAAGGGGUUUUCCCUAAAGAUUGUUCUCUCAACAUAGACAUUCCAACCACACCCUCAUCAAACAAGGGUUUCAAGAUAACAAAACAAAGCAUGUGGAGGCAGAGUCCUUGUUGGCAAGCUGUUUCAGCUAACCGUCACCCUGGUGCCGGAAAUUUCAUGUCCAACCAACAAAGUCUCGGAGCUCAGCUUGCCCAGCUUGGCAGAGAUGCUUCAGCUGCUGGGGCAGCUCGUCUUUAUAGCACCCAGAAGAAGAGUAUAGUGGAGGUUGAAUCGGUUGGUGUUGCUGGUAAAGUUGAUAGCCGUGUUAAGAAGUACUUCCGACUAGAGUUUCUUGCUAAAGAAGAAGAACACACAGAUGAAGAUUUGGAUGUCAAGGCUCUAGAAGAUGGCUAUGUUUCUGUGACUCCAAUAUCUCUACUUGCAAGAACUGAUUCGGGAACACAAGCCGCAGCAUCAGAGUGGAUCUCCAAAUGCGUUAACGCUGAUCAAUGAAAAAGGUCAUACUCGUAAAUUAUGUUACAUGAUUUGACCAAAAAGACAGACUCCAACAAAUCUGGUAACUAGAUUCUGCAUUUGUUUGUACUUGUGGUCUUGUUGUCAUUUAACCCUUUUGUUUUAUUUUAUUUAUUCGAUCCACCUGCAAGUCUCGUGGGUUUCUUUUGUUGGCUUGUUUGUUUUGUCAGUAGAUCUGUUUGGGAAUGCUUACCUUUGUAAUUGGGAGAAAAAAAAGAGUCUGUUUGCUUUCUUUUUCUCUUAUUCCAAAACCAUACAAACAUUAUAUUGAAAAGAAUGGUCUUUUUGUUUUGUAUUACCAAAUCAUGUCAUAAUCGCCAUUGCACUUGUGUGUGUUAUCUUCAUCUGCUUAUCUAAAAACACCAAAAGAGUUCAUAGAGAAAAAUCUUACAUUAUACACCACGAUCGACAACACAUCUAUCACUUGAACAUUGUUGUUCGCAUUUGGAGCAUCAACACCUUCUGAGUUCCUUCUCCCAACACUCGCCAUCCUUCUUUCCUUGUAGAGAAGAAGCGAUGAUUUUAAGAGACAGAGGAAGGAAACCAGCGACACGAACAGCACGAAGUGAGAGUGAUUCAAAGCUAGCUGGAGGGUGUUGCUGGUUAAACACAGUUUGAGAGAAGAGUUGAAGAGCCUCGUCGUAUCUCAGUGGCUGGACCUCGUAGAUAAUGCCCCACACCAAAAGUCAUGUACCAAUUCCUUGUCCUGUGUAACAAGGAUGACUCUGCUUCCUGGACAACACAACCGGACAAUGUCUUCGAUGUCCUUCGACUGUUUGAUGUUAUCUACACAAUCAACGACUAGUAAACUUCUCCGGUGGGAAACCGUUGAUUUGAUAACAUCAGAGGCCACAGUCAGACUCCUUGUCAUUGCUUGAGGACCUUCAUGAGUUUCUUCUGAAUGUGACUCAUCGGUGUCUUGCUCGUGAAUCUUUUCAGCGUUGUCUACAAACACAUGCCCAUGGAAGUUGCUGCACAGUUCUUCAUACGCACAUCUCGCUAGUGUCGUCUUGCCAACGCCUCCUUGACCGCAGAUUCCAAUCAAGAGGACUUCCUCGUUGGAUUCUAGAUCCAACAAUUCGUACAAUGCUAGCAUAUGACGAUCCAGUCCAACGAUUUUGGUUGCCAAUGAAUCGAUCUGCUUGUCUGAGACAGCACGCAAGAAAGUAGCUCUCAGAUUGAUCUGCUUUUCGAAUAGAAUACGCAUGACUUGAUUUGUAAUCGUUUCGAUCAUCCUCCAAUCAUGCUCUCAGAUUAGGAGUUGCUGCAAUAUGACUUUUGCAUAUUUUAAUUUUCGUAAUUACUCAAUAAGGCAAAAUUUUAUUUGGAUGGAAUCAUUAAUAAAGAACUAGGUAUGGUGAGAC